CACCAUGGCGGCGGAUUAUUCCUACCCUGUUCUGGUUGAGUUGGAGGAAACCAACACGCCGAGACUGAAAAAUAAGUUAGUGAAGUAUUUUCAGAGUAAGAAGUCUCACGGAGGAGACUGUGAGGUGAUCUACGAGUGCGGCAGCCCAACUGUGCUGCUGCGCUUCCGCAGAGAGGAGGACCAGAAAAAUGUCCUGGUCAAAGAGGCGCACCAGAUCAGUUUGGAUCAGGGAGUGUUAAAAAUGACAGUUCGCCUUCCUUCAGAGGGGAAACAGAAGCCGGAGGAUCCAUCUGAUAAAGGCAACAAAAAGUCGGACAAUGCAGGGACCGACAAACAGCCGGCAGCUGAAAAGGACAGCCCUGUGGAUGAAGGUCAGACAGGAGAAAAAGGCAAAGAUGUUGAUUCAGCAGAUGAGGAGCUGUGUUCCACCUCGGCUGUUUUGGAGAACAUUCCAGAGUCUCUAACACUUGAAUUCUUGGAAAUGCUUGUGGAAAACAUUUUGAGAGAUCUAAGCUCUCCGACUGCCUCCCAGGACUACACGUUGGAACUCAUUCCUGACGCCUCAUCUGCUGUUGUGACUUUCCAGAGUGGAAUAGAUAACACUGAGUUUAUAGAAAGUUGUCCUCAAAACCGGAUGUUCACAAGGAAGAGCUUAUCAAUCCGUCCCCUUGAGACCACAGUAAAGGUUGUGGUUGAAGGGAUUUCAGACUGCAGUGUGGAUAUGCUAUGCCUCUACUUUGAGAGUAAAGGUGGAGAUGUGGAAGAUGUUCAACUUAAUGAAGCUGAACAGUCUGCUGUCAUCACAUUUAAGAACCAUCAAGGUGUUAAGAAAGUCAUAAAUAAGAAGCAUGAAAUAAAAAAGGAAGAAGUCAAAGUCUACCCGUUUUAUGAGUCUUUGGGUGUAGCCCUUUAUGGUAAAGAUAAGCCAUCACCAAAACUUCCUGCUGCCAUCUCUGAACCCAUUGACAAUGCUGUCCUAAAAUACCUAACUACCAACAAAGCAGCUCUGGAGGCCAUUCGUUGUGACUUGGAAAAACAUUUCUGCAACGUAACGCUGGAGCAGUCUGCCGUCCGCCUUAGUGCCUCGCCUUUAUUACUGAAGCAAAAAGAUGCCAAAGCCAUCAUCAAAGAGUGGACAGAUACAGUGAAGUCAGCCUUAGCUCAGGCUGUGUCAAAGUUCAAAUCCAUCAAGUUCUCCCUGGAGUUAGAUGUAUGGAAGGAGUCUGAGCAGAAGGUUAAAGAGAAGCUACAGAAGGAAGAUGUGGUUGUAGUUCCUGAUAAAAGCAGUGGGGUCCUUUCAGUGGCUGGCCUCGUAAAUGAUGUCAACAAACUUGAGAAACCCGUUUCAGAGCUUCUAAGCAAGAUUAAGGAAAGGGUCAGAAGGGAGAAAUUAAGUAAAACUCAGGAAAUCAAUGUGUCACCAUCAAUGUUCCACAUCCUUUCUGAAGAUGGUGUUCAGGAUAAGCUCCUGCAAGUGUACCCAGAGCUCAAAAUGUCAUAUGACCAAAAGAACAAAGCUUUGAAAGUAACUGGCUUUGUGGAUGAGAUUAUUGAUGCAACCAAAGUGAUAAGCAAUGCAAUGUUUGCAUUAAAACGACAGAAUUUAGAAAUAGAUCAAUCUUUGCUUGACAUGCUAAAGGAAGAACAACAAGAAGAGGCCACAGAUGCACUUCUCACAGCCUACAAUGUAAAAGCAGCCUUGGAUAUCAGUCCACAGAGAGUGCAGCUUGUUGCUGUUUCUGACAAUGAUCUAAUCAGUGCCCAAGACCAUCUAAGCCAAACGCUGAAAUCUCAAUACAUUGAGGUGGAAGACAGUGAAGUCCUGAAGAUGCCAGAGUGGCAGCAGCUGGUCCAUCAGCUGGAAACAGCAAACAGUGUGUCAGGAAUGAGAACUCAGAUUAUAACUCGCCAACAGCAAGUGGUAGUGUCCGGUCACAAAGACAAAGUGGACAAAGUAAGCAGUGAACUAGAUGACUUUUUAACACAAAAGGCUCAUGUUGAAGAACUUGUUGCUGUUGAGGCAAAUGUCAUCAUUGAGUACCUUAACAGUCAGCCACACUGGUUGAAAAAACUGGAAAGUGGGGUGGAUGUGUCUUUCGGAAAGGAGGACAUUAUCCUAAGUGGCUGUAGAGCUGCUGUGAUAGAUGGCAAGACCAUAGUCACAGAUUUACUCUCUUCUGUGUUCUUCGAUAGUUUUAAAGUCACAAAACCUGGAGUCAAGAAGUUUUUUCAAGAAAAAGAAUCCAUGUAUGCUGCCUUAAUUAAGAGUGACACUGGCUGCUUGGUCCAACUGGUUGAUAACUCUAAAGAAGAACAAGAAGACUUCGCCUUAGUACAAGUACAAAAACCCAUUUACAAAAUCCAGACAACUGAUGGAGUGGAAAUAGUGAUAUCCAAGGCAGACCUGUGCAGUUACUCUGUGGAUGCUAUUGUCAAUCCUUCUUCUGAUGACUUGAAACAUGAUGGAGGUCUUGGUUUGGCACUUUCAACAGCUGCAGGACCACAAUUGCAGGCCGUCUGUGACAAAAUAAUCAACUUAAAAGGAAAACUCCGACCUGGAGACUGUGUUAUAACUGAUGCUGGGGGAAUGCUUUGUUGCAAAAAAUUAAUCCAUGCUGUAGGACCAGUUUUUGAUCGAAGUAAGCCAAAAAAGGCUGAGGCCCAGUUGAAAAGAACUGUUAAAGAAAGCUUAGAACUUGCUGAAAAGUGUGGCUGUGUUUCUGUGGCUCUUCCUGCCAUCAGCAAAGGUCUCGGCUUCCCCCUCAAUCUGUGCCUAGUUACCAUUGUUAAAGCAUUGAAGGAAUACUGUGAUGAGAGGUGUGACGACAACCCCUUGAAGAAGAUUCAUCUGGUGGACAAUGAGGACAAUGUUACUCUUGGCAUGGAGGCUGCUGUGAAGCAGGAGUUUGGAAAUUAUGGAGUUAGUGUUUCACCACAAAACCCUUUCCCCAAAGUUAGUCAAAAGUCUCAGCUGGUUAAGCUAGCUCCAUCUGAACCCAGCUUGUGCAAAGCGCAGACCAAAGAGGGCUUGAACAUCGUUCUUAAAAAGGGAAAUAUUGAGACUUCCAAGACAGAGGUAAUUGUGAACACUGUGGCUGAAGAUCUUAUAUUGAACAAAGGGGCCAUUUCAAACGCCAUCUUCAGUGCAGCUGGACCCAAGCUUCAGCAGCUGGUACAUAACCAGAAAACUGGUGGAACACCAGGUGAGAUUGUUGUCACGGACAGCUGCAAGCUAAAGAGCAAAAAAGUUUUCCAUGCGAUCGCUCCGCACUGGGACAAUGGCCAAGGCGCUGCUGAAAAGACUCUAACUGGGAUUUUUAAAGAUUGCUUGGACCUAGCAGAGAAAACCUGUUUGACAUCUAUUACUUUCCCGGCUGUUGGCACCGGAAACUUGGGUUUUCCGAAAGAUCUUGUUGUCUCCUUGAUGAUGGAUAAAAUCUUAGAGUUUAGCAGCCAACGACAAUCCAAGCACCUCAAGAAGGUUGCAGUUGUUCUUUAUCCUGGAGAUACACAGACUAUUAAGGUAUUCACUGAUGAAUUUAAGAAGAAGUUCCCCAGUGCCACAGCUCCUUCAGUAACAGUUUCAGCGCCCGCAGAUUCUUCACAAAGUGCAGGCAAAUUCUCUAAAGUUGUCUCCAGUUCAGGAAUGCAUGAGACUAAACUGGGAAAUGUGACGGUGCAGGUAGUAACUGGAGAUAUAACUAAGGAGACCACCGAUGUCAUCAUCAACUCUUCAAAUGAUAGCUUCACUCUCAAGUCAGGAGUAUCCAAGGCUAUUCUGGAUGCAGCUGGUGUCGCUGUUUUAGAAGAAUGUCAGUACCUUGGUACCCAGCCCAACCAAGGCAUGAUAAUGACUGUACCAGGAAACCUAAAGUGCAGUAAGAUUCUCCACCUGGUCGGACAGACGGACCCAGUAAAACUAAACCAGACCGUGAAGGAAGCGCUCCAAAUGUGUGUGAAGAACUCCUACACUUCUGUUUCAUUUCCUGCCAUUGGCACAGGUCAAGGUAACAUAAAAGCAAAACAGGUGGCAGACUCCAUGUUGGACGCAGUGAUUGAUGUGCUCGGCCAAAACACGUCCAGCUCCCUGACUUUAAUCCGGAUCGUCAUUUUCCAGCAACAGAUGCUAAAAGAUUUCUGCAGCAGCAUGCAAGAAAGGGAAGACACUGGGCCAAAGGAUAAAGCGGGUUUCUGGACAAACAUUGGCCACAAGUUAAAAUCAAUAUUUAUAUCUGAAAGUCCUGAAAAAAACAAGGAAGAGGAUGAGUUUGAUAUUGAGACCAUCAAAGUCGACCCUACUUUCUUUCACAUCUGUGGUGGCACACAGGCCAGUGUAGAUGCAGCCAAGAAGAAGAUAACUGAUCUGAUAUCUGAGCAACAAGACAUCAUGGACAUAACAGACAACGCCAUCUUAAACUUCUCUUCUGCAGACUGUCAGUGCAUUGUCGACAUCCAGAGGAACAUGGGUGUGAGCAUCAAGAAUCAUAUCAUUAACGGCCAAGCCUCACUCCUCAUUGAAGGUCUCUGUAGAGAUGUGCUCCGAGCCAGCCGAGAGAUAGAGAAUAUGUUGAAGAAGGUGAGAAAUGAGCAGGAACUGAAAAAGAAAUGGGAGCUAACAGCCACUGUGGCAGAUUGGCAGUAUCAGCGACACGGGCUUCAGUAUCAGAGCUUUGAUCAGGUGAACAACUACGAGCUUGAGCAUGCGUUGGAGAGGGGAAUGACCAGUGUAAAGGUUACCAUCCAGGGCUCAAACUAUACUGUGCAGCUACCUAAGGGACCAGCCACUGACACCAAGGGAAACGUCCUACAGAUAAGACGAAAUGACAAACUAAAAGCUGAUGAUGUUCCUGAGUUUUGGGAUCCCAUGCCGGCUGACCAAACAUGCCAUGCUGUCCCCCUCCAGUCCGGGUCAUCGGAGUACGCAGAAAUCCUAAAUCUCUUUAAAGCCACAUGUAACCGAGCUGUCACCAAGAUUGAGAGGAUCCAGAAUCCUGCACUGUGGAAAAGUCUUCAGAUAAAAAAACAUGAGAUGGAGGUGAGAAAUAAUCAUCAGAACAAUGACAAACGGCUCUUCCAUGGCACCUCUGAAGCCACUGUCCCCAUCAUCAAUGAACGUGGCUUCAACAGAAGCUACGCAGGAAAAAAUGCUACCUGUUAUGGCAAAGGCGCCUACUUUGCUGUUAAUGCCAAUUACUCUGCUCAGGACACCUACUCCAGGCCCAAUCAGAAAGGAGAGAAGUUAAUGUACCUCUGCAGAGUGCUGACAGGAGACCACACCCUGGGACAGCAAAACAUGAUCGCUCCACCGUCCAAAGGGGGCACUGCCGUUGACAUGUAUGACAGUGUGGUGGACAACAUGACCACCCCCAGCAUGUUCAUAGUGUUUCAUGACACCCAGGCCUAUCCUGAGUAUCUGAUUACUUUCAAAUAAUUCACCCAGUAAAUGGUAAAUACAAAAGCAACAUUAACAUAAUAACCAAGCUUAAUCUAAUUGUUUUUCCUCAAAUAUUUUCUUCAACUUGCCCUAAAUUCACUUCAUUUGUAUUCAGGCUCAAAGUGCUGCUUCAACGUCUCACACAUACCUAAACGUUGGGCCCUGCAAGCAGGAACCAGUGAAAGAUAAAAUGAAGAGCUUCCAAAACAUUUUGUUACCUAUGCAAUGUCAUAUAGCUCCUCUAGAGCUCCUCUAGAGCCUCUGAACAUCAGUAUGUAUGAGUUCUGAAACAGACCUGCUCUGAUCUAGAAAUCACAUAAUUGUAGAAGUUAACACUGUGUUUUAUUAGACUAACAAUCACUUCUAAGUUUAAAAAUGAAAGUAAACUUAACCAGUAAAUAUAUAAGAAUGUGAAAUGAACAAACGCAGGUGAUUUGACUGUACAAGAUCUUAGUAAACUUCUAGACUUGAAGAAAAUAAUAAAGCAUUCUUUAAAAACAGUUUUCUCUCAUUAUUCUAGCAAUUAGAGAAUCAUUUUAUUUAUCCUAACUGACAUAAAACAGGGAAAGAUUAGUCUGAUUUACUGUCAGACACUGAAAGAAAUAUUGUUGUCUGUCUUUCAAACUGUAUGUAAAUAUCUGGUUCACCAGAGCUGAAAUAUGUUGCACUGUCCUUAUAUUUUAGUUUAUGCUGCUGUGCUCCCUGUGUUUUGUUUUGUGUUUAUUAGGUAUUCUUUUUAAUACUUUUUAAAGUUCCUUGUUUCAUCCACAGCUGCAUGGAGUUGUUAUUCAAGCACAUGUUCCUCAUCCAGUAAUCGCAGCACAAGCUAAUAUUCUCAGCCACUCCUUUAUUAGAUCCUUCUGUUUGUUCGUAUUAUGCUCUUGUCGCCUGUUUGUUUCUCUGCGUUUAUCUAUGUAAGCUUUUAGGACUUUAUGCUUUAAUAAAGUUCACUUCUUUCAA